AUGUCCAGCGAAUCCGACGAGGAAAGAGACCUGCUAAAAGCUGCUCUUGGAUACAACUAUGUGGAUUCUGUCAUAAGCAGCAGGUCAUCGAGCGAUCCGGAGAAGGACUGGGUCCGGGGUCUCGCGGAACGCGCGACGGACCCCGAGAUAAAGGAGCGCAAGAAGAAAGGACCAUUUGUGUACGUCAAGCAGGCGGGCAAGCCAGGGCGGCAUUUCUACGUGAACGAAGAAAUCAAUCAGAUGAAGGCGGAGCGCGACUACAUGAAAAUUAAAGAGCUCCUCCGCCGCCAUAAUUUUAAGAUCCUGGGUCACGUCAACAUCGGCACGGACCCGACCUCUCAACCCCUGGUCUACAACUUUGGCGGGGACCUCCUGGAGGAGGGCCGCCGCUUCCCGCGCAGCGUCCUCGCGAGCCAGGCCGACGCCGCGAGCUUCGUCUCCUUCCAAGACGACGAUAACUACACGUCUUCGGAGCCAGCGCCCGUGGUUCCGGCGGCGCCGACUUUGGUUCCGGAGCGUCCGGCAAGCCGGCGCGGCGCAAGGGGGGAGCAUGGAGGGCGGGAGGCGCCGCUUUACGGCACCGCCGCCGGGAGCGUCCUUCCUCGGAGCGUGGCCGCCACCGCAGCCCCAGCCGUCACCGGCGGCACGGAGGCGGCGGCGAUAGCGGCGGUUUCGGAGCGGGGCCACAGCCGUCACCGCGGCGGCAGCCGGCGCCGCGAUCCCCACCGCCACUCAGAGCGCCAAGAAGCGUCACCGGAGGCUGUAGCACAUCGCCGCGCUAAGAGCAGUAGCAGGCGGCGGGGUGCAAGCAGGCAUCAUCGCAGCGCCUCUGCUGAGCGAGGCCACGAGCACAAGUACGACAGCCGGUCGCGAUCUCGCCGCCGACACCGCCACGACCGCCAUCCGCACCGCGAGCGUGCACUAGUCCAGUUCACGACCAAGAUCAAGACCACCGCCGACGCCACGAGUACGACAGCCGCCGCGACCGCCACCGGGAUUAUGAACGGUACGACAGCCCGGAGCACCGCCGCCGGCAGCACCACCGCAGCCGCAGCCGGCGGCGGCACCACCACAACCAUCACCACCAUGACGAGCAAGGGGAGCGGCAACGGGACGAUCGCCAACUCGAACGGCAGCAAGAACGGGUCGGGAGCGGUUGCGGAGGAGGCGGCUCAGUCGCCGCCGCCGCCGCCAUCAUCGCUUGGUGGAAAGGAGCGGUUGCGCACGAAGACUGGUAACUUAAAGGCCAAGAAGGUUGCGCCGGCUCCACCUGUGCAGAGCCUGCCGGUUACCACUGCGCAGCCAGUAGGCCUACCUGCUGCCGCUACAGGGCAACAUGGGGACGCAACUGCUGGAGGGAACUUUGCUGGAUUCCCAACGCCAGCAGCAGGGACGUAG